AUGAACGAAAGCAUUAUCAACAACUUGAUUCAUACAUCGUCGCCCGGUCCUUCCCCUCCAAUUCAACUUGUUCAUGAUCCAAUUGCUAGGAACAGGACAGUCGCUUCCUCCAAUGUCGACAAAGGCAAGCUGUUGAUCUCAGUUUUGCCCUUGUCGACUGCCUUACUACCCUCCGAGAAGGGCCAGCGAUGCGACUUCUGUCACAGAUUGCGAUCCAGCAUGACAAACCUAUAUAAGUGUAGUGGGUGUGCUUCAUAUUGGUACUGUGGCUCCAACUGUCAGACAGAAGCAUGGAACAAUAAUCACAAACGAAUAUGUAAAUCAUAUCCACAGUUUGCAGCUUCACCUGUGUAUGAGCAGCUGGGAUCGUAUGGAAGAACGGAAGCCCUACUAUUCUCGCAUCUCGUCGCAGAAUUUGUCACGCCCAAAACGACUUUUGCUGAUACAAACGAACCGAUUUCGGCGUUCUCAAUCUUCAAAUCUUUGAUGCCACAGAAAUCAGUCCCAACUGCCAUCCCACCCUUGUCAUUUCAGCCAACACCGGCCUUCACAUCGUUGCGGUUGCUAAACGACUUGUACGCACGUUUCGGGAACAACAACUUUGUCAUCCAUUCGCACCUCUCAUCAAUCGCGCAUGGUAUAUUCCCGCUAUCAAGCCGUCUCUUCAACCAUUCUUGUACACCCAAUGCUGCACCGAGAUAUAGUUACGCAGCGGGCAGGCCUGUGAGGAUGGAGAUUGUGACCCUGCGGCCCAUACUCGAAGGCGAAGAGAUCACGAUCCCGUAUCUUGAUCCCGCACUCCCGUUUUCUGAUCGUCAACAAACCUUACAGAUAAGUUACGGAUUCAAUUGCUCUUGCCCCCUCUGUCAUUUGGGAUCGAACCUUGACGAAACGCUACCGGCUCCGGAUAAUGAUCAGCUGACAAAGCUCAAGGACCCACUCUACGAGUUCACUGGCUGUCUUCUCAACCGGCAGCCUUCCCUGCCCAACAGCCUCCAAAACUACGCGAAUAUACCGAAAUCUCUUUUACCAUUUUUGCAUCCGUCUGUCCUUCUAAAGAUGUCAGAAUCUUUUAGUCAGGCUGCGCAUGGGGAUAGUAUAUCGGCUGCUCUAGAUGUGGGGCAUACCCUCCUGGCGGUUUACUUCCUGAUCUAUCCACCAAAUUACCCACAGAUCGGUAUGCAUGCCCUAGAAAUGGCGAAGACAGCGUGGAAUGCGGUUGUGACGGACGAUACCGCCCCCACCACCAAAUGUCUUGCUCAUGCCCAAUGGUACCUUCUGGCCGCUUGUGAAAUUCUUGAAAUCUACGGUCCCGAGGGCGAUGAAGGUGGCCCCUUAGAGGAGUCGAGGUUGUUACGAAACCUCCUGGAGGAGGAACUUCGUGCUGCGAACUCGCAGUAA